UUAUACGCAUUUUUUGUAAUUUUUAUAUUUAACCUAACCCAUUUACAUAUUUCAAAACAAUGGUCGUAAAAUAUCAAAUAGAAGAGGAUUCCAGUCAUAUUACAGCUGACGUUAUAAUAUUAGGAUGUAGUCUCCCAGGUAUAGUGACAGCACAUAAGCUCAAGAAAAAAUUUGGUAAUACAAUGGAAAUCGUGGUUCUUGAUCUAGCUGGUGAAAAACCAGGUGGUUCUAAAUGUAAUGUUGCCUUUCAGUGUGAGGAUGAUGAAGAAAGCAAAGAGACUUAUGACGAAGGCUCGGCGAAAGAGGUAAUCGAUAAUUUAGCAAGGAACUAUCUUACUAUGAUUGCAAAAGACUUCAAUAUACCACUUCCAGAUGCUAUCAUAGCACCGGAAAAAGUUAGAACUCCCUUAAAUAAGUUAUUCGAAUACAAAAACGGAAUGACAGCUGAAUGCUUACGAAACUUUCAUGAUUUCGAUUACCUAAACGUUUUGGAAAAAUUUGAACUAAAUCAAUACCAAACGCUACUUGAUGAAAAUAUGAAAUCUUUAUUUCAAGCUAAUAAAUUUGACGAUGCUUCUGAAAGAAACCGGUUAUUGUAUUACGAUCAAACAACAAUGGAAAAACAUUUAUGUGGUGCGUUACUCUUUCCUAAUUCAAGAGAUAUAAUACGGACUACAGUGAGGCUUGUGUGCGGCGCAUCUGCAAAAACUGUAUCUGUACUGUUUUACUUACAUCAGUGUUACAGAAGCAGUAGUUCAAGAAAUCAUUUAGAUGGAAAUAACACGAAGUUCCGAGAAAAACUUCUCGGUUAUUGCAGAAAACGCAUAUCGAACAAGUUGCAGAAAAGCAUCGCAAAUAUCACUCACUCAGCGAAGGCUAUAAAAAAGAUAAGUUCACACGCAGAUGAACAAGUUAUUUUAAAAACAAUAAAAGGUGAUACCAAAUACGUAUGCAGCUUGCUUGCCAUGGCGAUAAGACCCGAUGAGCUUAGAAACUUUGAGUUUGAAGCACAGCUACUUACAGAUAGAGAAAUUGCUAUCAUUACAUCUAUGAUUAAAGGGAAAGCUAAGAAAUUCUUGGUCCAAUACGAAGAACAUUUUUGGAGACGUGAUGGUUAUAGUGGUGAUAUAUUAAGCAUAAAAGGUCCAAUCAUUUGGGCCACUGAACGUCCAAAGAUAUCAUCAACAGGUAGUAUGGAAAGAUAUGCAGCAUUAAUAGGAUAUUUAAGAGUUCAAGACGAUGAAGGUAACCUAAGAGAUGGAGUUUUGAAUCAACUUGUAAGCCUCUUUGGAGAAGAAGCUGCGGAGCCCAUUAGUUAUAAGGAGACAGAUAUUUCUGACAUUUAUGUACCGUGUUGCGGAGAUUUUAUCACUUUACGACGGCUGACUUUAAGAACUGUACCUAAAUAUCUUGAAUGGGGUGCUUUAGACAUCUUCUCUGAUGGCGACGUUGCAUCAGCUUUGGAAGCAGGUCACGUUGCAUAUCUUCAUUUGUUGAGUUACCUUCGUCCUCAAGCUCAAACAUAUGAAGAUGUUAGUAUAGCUGAAUGGCCAACGAUUAUAUACGACAAUCCCUUUCAAGAGUGGUUUGCUCAAUUAACACUGACGACGGGUGUACGACUUAUGGUAUACACAGCUAUUGCUUAUAUAGGCAUGCGGCUAGUCCAGUCUUAUACGCGGAAAUAAGAGAAAUCUCAUUCAGAUUGUGUCUAUGGUCUUGGAAACAGGAGAAAAUAUAUAUUCGAUAUAAUC